CUUUUGCGCCAAUUGGUAGGCUUCAUAGACUGCGUUCUUAGUGAACUAUGCACUCUAUUUACAGUAGUUUGCUAGUGAUUUCAAAGUAGAAGUGCUAAUGCUUUGUUGUAACAAUUGAGUGUAAAUGAACAUUAAUUGAAAAUGGUAAGCGAAUUGAGACUUUCUGCAACAAAAAGUGUAAAGUGGAAAUGCAAAUAUAUUUAUUUAGCAAACGACAAUAAAUUAAAUUAAAUAACUGCCAAUAACAAUUGCUGCCAACAAACGUGUCUCCAUUUAUAAAACAUAUAAAGAAAUUGUUUUGAUAAGACCGAACGACACAGCAGCUGUUUUGUAAUCACACACACACAUACACACAUGCUACCGAGCGCCCAAAGGUGAAAAGGGAUCUGGCGAGUGCGUCAAAUAUUUUUCCAUUGUGUAUGCGCUUGCAACAUACGGCGCAAUCGGCUGCACCGAAAACAGCAACAACAACCGUAAUACAUUUGGACUUUGUACGCCAGCGCAAAAACAAUUUACGAAAAAUAUUUUUUAAAAAUUUGUUAAAAAUUAAAGUCGUCGAACCGGUUCAUUGCAUAGCGCGCAAGUGAAGAUAAAGCAAGCAAAAACAAAAAUCAACAAAUCAUAAAAUCACACAUUAAUGCGAGCGGUAUAUACAACAACAUGCACACACACACAUAUCGCCCGAUCUAUUGAAUGUGCAGAGGCGGUGACGCGAGCACAGUAGCAAAAACAAAACCAACAACAACAACACCAUACCUCGCUACAAAAGGGCAACAAAGUGACAAGCGCUAUACAGAGCCGACCAUCGUUUAGUAGCGCCGCAACAGCCAAAGAUUACAGACGCGUUUUACGCUAAGAGCCAACAGCAAACAAAAUAAACAUUGAAGCAUUGUCAGUCUUCAAAUCAACGUAACGAAUCAAUAAUAAUUGUGUGUCGUACAAGAAGAGCAAAAUAGUUGUGCAGUGAACGCAAGUUUUCAAAAAGUGUACUUUUACACUGUAUUAGCGCGCUGCAAAGGAUCCACUGAUAUUUUAUAAAUUUUGAAACCAAAUUCUUUUAGUGUUUUGUGCGUAUUGAUUUGAAAUAUUUGUGCUAAAAUGCUGCGCCAUUUGCUGCGUUCUGUGAUUUUCGCGCAGCCUGCGCAGUGCUCCGUGGCCGUCGCUGCGUGCGGCGCGCGCAGUUUGAGCACGGCCGCCACCACGCUGCUGACACAGCUGGAUAAACUCGUAGUUUACACUGAAGAGGAGGGUUACAUUAGACAGUCGCCGUUCGAGCCUGUCGAGCCGGUCAAUCUAACGGUGGACAAAUACGUGUGGCGAGAUUUCAAGAAGUUCGAGAAGGACAUAGCGACGGUUUGCAUCAUCAGCGGCCGCCAAUAUACUUAUGCGCAGUUACGCGACAGCAGCGCCGCCUUUGCCAUACGCCUACAAACCAAAUUCAAAUUAGCACAGGGUGACACUAUCGCAAUUUGCUUGCCAAACCUGCCGGAAUAUCCGAUUGCCACGCUGGGUGCCAUAGAAGCGGGUCUAAUGGUGACCACAGUCAAUCCAAUCUACACAGCCGAGGAAAUUUGUCGCCAGCUGCAGCUGAGCGACAGCAAAUUUGUCGUGGUUACUAGUCUCGGCUAUGGAGUGAUGAAAGAAGCUUGUGAGUUGGCACAAAAGAAUCUGCCCAUCGCUGUCAUACGCUUGCAGCCAAAUGAGAAGUUGCCCGCCGAUGCCAUAGACUUCUUCGAACUAAUUAAUCUACAAGAUAUUGACUACUCACAGUUGAGGGAUUACGACAUUGAUCCCGACAGCGUAGUAUUCCUGCCAUUCUCCUCUGGCACCACCGGUAUGCCGAAAGCAGUACAGCUCUCACACAACAACAUCACGAUUAAUGGCGAACAGCUGGAAUUGCCGUACGAUUUCAGGAAUUCCGGCAGGCAAGAGGUUUUGCCUGGCAUUUUGCCAUUCUUUCACAUUUACGGUCUCAAUGUCAUAAUGCUGUCGAAGCUGUCGAUUGGCGUUAAAUUGAUCACAGUGCCACAGUUCCGUCCAGACGAUCUCGUCAAAGCUCUGUGUGAAUACAAAUCUACAAUGCUGAACGUCGUGCCGCCGAUUGCGCUCUUUAUGAUCAACUACCCGAAGUUAACACCUGAAAUGGUGCCCAAUCUGCAAUAUGUGUUCACUGGCGCUGCGCCGAUCACCGCAAACGACAUGCAGCGCUUCAUCAAAAAAUUCCACAACACGAAAUUCGUGCAGGGCUACGGCAUGACCGAAACAUCACCACUUGCUCUGCAGGUGUCGCCGAAUAACACGAAUUUUUCCUCUACUGGCGCGCCAGCAUCGAACACCGAAGCGAAAAUUGUUGCUAUCGGCUCGGAGUGCCACAAGGGUUUGGGACCCAACAUGACCGGCGAGAUUUGUAUACGCGGUCCACAAGUUAUGAAGGGUUAUCUGAACAACGACGAAGCCAAUGCGGAUAUUUUCCUACCGAACGGUUGGAUGCGCACCGGCGAUGUUGGCCAUUACGAUGAAGAGGGCUACUUCUACAUCACCGAUCGCAUUAAGGAGCUCAUCAAAGUGAAGGCCUUCCAAGUGCCGCCUGCCGAGUUGGAGGGCAUACUGCGCGAUCACCCGAAGAUCCUGGAGGCCGCGGUCAUACCACGACCUGACGAAUUGGCCGGUGAACUGCCACGCGCCAUUGUUGUGCUGCGCGAAGGCACAAAGGCCACCGAGGAAGAGAUCUACAAUUAUGUGGCCGAACGCGUGGCGGAAUAUAAGAGACUGGACGGUGGCGUUGUGUUCACCAAUGAGAUACCGAAAAGUUUGACGGGCAAAAUACUACGCAAACAGUUGCGAGAGGCCUACUCGAGCUAGAUGCCACUGCAAUGCGGCUGGUUUAGGUUAGGCAAUGUGUAGAUCUUUAAAUUAUAUUGGCAGUGGCUAUAACUUUAUAUCGACGACAUUUAAUUAAGAUGAUUAAAUUGGUAGCCAUUUGUUGCAUUUCAUAGUUAGUAAGUGCCGUUGAAAUAACGGUAGUUCUAUAAUCCCAUUCAGUUGAGAACUGGCUUCCAAGAACGCAGAGUGCCAAAAGAAACCGGAUUUUUUAGCGUUAUCAAGGAUGUAGUUUAGAUUUUGUAUGUAUGUUCAGGUGUUUGCUUAUAUGUAUGUAUAUUAUUUUAAUGCAAUUUUAGGUUAGAAAAAUAUUUUUAAUUAUUUUAAGACACAUAAAACUAUACAAGAGCGGUUAUAGUUCUUCAUUUAUAAUGUUAUUGACGAUAUACUAGUGUUUAUUAGAAGAAAAGUGUUAAACUUACACAAAAGUUGGCGUAGUAUUAAAGCAAUUUUCUUACAAAAGC